CUUUAGUUAAUGACGUCUAUAAUCGGUUGAAGGUUUUUCGCGAAUUUUCCGAAAAUGGGUAAGGACAAGAAAUGCGCUUACAAGAGAUGUUAUUUCGAACCAAAGAAAAGUCCUAGGUUGUGUCCUUAUUUGGUCAAGAGAAAUGAAUGGGAAAAUGAUCUGAAGAACUACAACAAUCAUUUGAAAAAAAUUUUUUAUGCGAAACCUCUAAUAGAUGACUCUCCGAUAUUCAUGAAUCCUUACGCUCGUCUAGCUGUCACUAAAUUGAAAAACAAUGCAAAAAGACUGCAACAGUUGGACAAAGAGAAUAAGUACAUUUUGCAGAGGCUCAUCGAAGUCAAUAGACUAGGGGGCUUGGUCGACCAUUUAAACGAUCAAAUUUACAGGUAUCGUGUCACGAAAUGGAAGGCGGAACAGGGCAGAAGGCUCAAAAUGAAGAUCGAGAACGAGUAUUUAGCUGAGCGAUUAUGUAGGACGAAAUCAUAUUACGGAUGGCAGGAACACAUGGACAAAUGGAAGGUAACCAAGAAAGUUCUCGAAUGGACUGCCAAAUUUCCCUUCAUUUUAUCGAAGAAGCCCAAUUUGGACGAAAUCCUUCGUGCAGAACCAACCAUAAGCAGUUCGUUGGACCAACUAGGCAUCAGACUCCAGUGUUUCAUGGAAUUCCAGGUGAAAGGAGGCGAGAAUCUGGGCCGAAUUGUCAUCGAAAUCUACCACGACCACGUGCCGGUGACAGCAAGGAAUUUCUUCCACAUCUGUCGAGGGGAUUACGGAUUCUCGUACAAGAAUUGUCCCAUACACCGCAUAUCCAAGAACAGGUAUCUGGAAACUGGAGAUAUAACUAAGGGAACAGGCUCGGGAGGAAUUUCCAUUUAUGGCAAGACGUUCGACGAGGAGAAACACUCGCUGAAGCACACGAAAGCCGGAGUGCUCAGCAUGAUCAGAGUGGGAAAACAGCAGAACAAUUCGAAGUUCGCCAUCACUUUCGGCGAAAUGCAGCAGUGGGAUAGACGAAAUGUGGUCUUCGGAAAAGUGAUCCAAGGAGCGGAGGUCCUGAUGAAGAUAAACGGCUACGGAAGAGAGAUAGGAAGACCGUUGGAGAGGAUUUUCAUAUCGAAAUGCGGUGGACUAGAUUCAGGCGAUCUGGUUUUGAAUUGAAGGCAAGUGGGAGGGCGAGAAUGAUAGAUUUAAGGAGGAAAUACGCGAAUAAAUAGAAUUGGAAUCA